CAGCCACCGCCGCCGGGUCGCCGGGUCGCGGGGGCCGCGGCGCUCGGGCCGCGUCGGUGCCUCCCCGGCGCGCUGCGCGGCCGUCGCUGCUGCCCGCGCUCGUGCCGCCGCCGCCGCCGCCGCUGCCGGUUACGCCAGCCCCGCCGCCGCCCGCUCUGAUUCUGCGCAUAGGCAGCCCCCAAGCCUGUCAUUCUGCAAAAACACAGUUUACUCAACACACCACACACACACUCACACACACACGCGCGCACACACACACGCGCACACUGGCCCCCUCGCGCACACGCACGGAGGGCGCGAGCGAGCAGACGCGCACACCCGGCGAGCCAAGUUCCGCAGCCUGGCAUGGCUUCUGGGGACCUUUACGAGGUCGAAAGGAUUGUAGACAAGAGGAAGAACAAGAAGGGGAAAUGGGAGUAUCUCAUCCGAUGGAAAGGCUACGGCAGCACAGAGGACACGUGGGAGCCAGAGCACCAUCUGUUGCACUGUGAGGAGUUUAUCGACGAAUUCAACGGGCUGCACGUGGCCAAGGACAAAAGAAUCAAGUCAGGGAAGCAGGCCAGCACCUCCAAGCUCCUGCGUGACGGCCGAGGCCCGUCGGUUGAGAAACUCUCCCACAGACCUUCAGAAUCCGGGAAGAGCAAAGGGACUUCCCAUAAACGGAAGCGGAUCAACCCUUCCCUGUCCAAGCCGAAGAAAGGCUAUUCGGCUAAGCCCCCCGCGGGCAGUGACAGGGCCACCAAGACGGUGUCUUACAGGACUACCCCCAGCGGUUUGCAAAUAAUGCCGCUGAAAAAGGCUCAGAAUGGGAUGGAAAAUGGGGACACCGGUUCCGAGAAGGACGAGAGGCACUUUGGAAAUGGGUCCCAUCAGCCUGGCUUGGAUUUGAAUGACGUCGGAGGGCAAGAGCUGGCGGAGUGUGGUGUGAACCACGCAGCACUGGCGGAGAACGGGCUCGGCUCUGCUCUGACCAAUGGGGGACUAAACCUGCACAGCCCCGUGAAGAGGAAGCUGGAAGCAGAGAAGGACUAUGUCUUUGACAAGAGGCUCAGGUACAGCGUCCGCCAGAAUGAAAGCAACUGCCGGUUCCGGGACAUUGUCGUGCGGAAGGAAGAGGGGUUCACACACAUCCUGCUGUCCAGCCAGACCUCGGACAACAACGCGCUGACCCCUGAGAUUAUGAAGGAGGUCCGGCGAGCGCUGUGCAACGCGGCCACGGACGACAGCAAACUGCUGCUUCUCAGUGCAGUGGGCAGCGUAUUCUGCAGUGGCCUAGAUUACUCCUACCUAAUUGGCCGUUUGUCCAGUGACAGGAGAAAGGAGAGUACCCGGAUUGCAGAAGCCAUCAGGGACUUCGUGAAGGCCUUCAUCCAGUUUAAGAAGCCCAUCGUGGUCGCGAUCAACGGGCCUGCCCUGGGCCUUGGUGCCUCCAUCCUGCCCCUCUGCGACAUCGUGUGGGCCAGUGAGAAGGCCUGGUUUCAGACCCCGUAUGCCACCAUCCGCCUCACACCCGCUGGCUGCUCCUCAUACACCUUUCCCCAGAUCCUGGGCGUUGCACUGGCCAAUGAGAUGCUCUUCUGUGGGCGGAAGCUCACUGCCCAGGAGGCGUGCAGCAGAGGCCUGGUGUCCCAGGUCUUCUGGCCAACCACGUUCAGCCAGGAAGUCAUGUUGCGGGUCAAGGAGAUGGCAUCCUGCAGCGCAGUGGUGUUGGAGGAGUCGAAAUGCCUCGUUCGGAGCUUCCUGAAAUCUGUGCUGGAAGAUGUGAACGAGAAAGAAUGCCUCAUGCUCAAGCAGCUCUGGAGCUCCUCCAAGGGCCUGGAUUCCCUGUUCAGCUACCUGCAGGACAAAAUUUACGAAGUCUGAGGAGCCCCAGGCCACUUGCCCCCAUACUCGAGGGCACCUGACUUCCAGCUUCGCGCCGUGCCUCAGAGAUCGGAGCACGGCUGUGCUGGCCAAGGAAUCCGUCAAGGUGUCUCUCUUGUGUCCAUUUCCUCGCGUCCUUUGGUUGUUCCGCAUUGGUUUGGUUUUGUAUAACGGAUGGGAAACUCAGCAUACUUGGCCUCCCCCAGCCCCCCCGCCCCUGCACUGGCUAGAGAGCUAUCGAGGGCUAUAUCUUCCCAGGCCUCUGCCAGUCCCCACUCGCUGAAAUGCACCAUCCUGGUCCAGGAAGGGGAAGACUGAUCUUCUCCUUCCUUCUGACUCAGGCUGUGUUUACACAGUGCCUCUGCUUUGGAGACUUGGCUGCAUGGCUCUCUCCGGUCAAGUGCAGAUCAGGUGAUGGGGGACGGUCCACCUUAGGGAAUUUCCAGACCGAUGAGCGAAAGCGGUUGUGUCGAGCCAGCCUCAGUCUUCUCUCUGAUGCAAAUCUGUGUGACUUUUAGGGCUUGGUCUUAAAACCCAGUUGAGUGAUUUGCAAACCCACAUAUUGUACGUUUAGGAAUGUUUUGUUAAAUAUAUAUUUUUAAAACAACGUAAGUGGAAAUUCUGAUAAUUUAUGUGUAUUAUAUGUAAAGCUAGUUUUACAAAAACAUGAACUACUAGGAAAAAGGUUUUUUUUUCUUUAAUCAACCUUAUUUAAGUUAUUUAUUUUGUUUAUAUAUUAUGAUAUCUGUCGUUGACACAGAUAUUAUUUUCCUACUGCCCUGGACCAAAUCCCAUAUGAGGUUCAUGCCGUUUGGUGUGUUCUAGCAAUGAACCACGCAGAAAUACAAUUCAGAGAGAUCCUUGUGGGUAAAAGGAAUAGUUUUGCACCAGAUUCUGUUCGUGUAAAUGGUUCUCAGCUGUAAUAAUUGCCUACUUGUUGUUGGGAGAAAUUAUGGGAGAGUUUUUUCUUCACUCUGCUGCCUUGAACGAGAUAAAGGGGCCUCCAGCCUGAAUGGUACUGACACAGACCCAGUCCCUAAUUUGUGACGUCAGGAAGAGCUAAUCGGCCCUGCCUAGGGAUUGCAUGUUGUCUAGAAUGAGCCUUUUCUCUUUGGGGCAAACGACGGAGCUUAGAUUUUCAGAGUCCCUUUCUUCCAUGUGGACAGCGGUGUCUGGUUUCGGCCGUCCAGGGAGGUGGGGAGCUGUCCGUUGAGCUGUCAGGAGGUGUGAAUCAUUUACUUACAUCAGGGAGAAAUAACCAGGGAUGAGGUCUCCUGUCCCAGGGUCGCUGGGCUGCAUGGAGACCCCAGUAUCUGAAUUUAGACCAUCGACCCAAAGUCCAUGGAUCAGCCGCAGAGAAGGGGUGGAGUUGUUUUCGAUCUGGGUUUCCCUCUGUGCUCAACAGCCCAUCUCAGCCCUUGUUGCACACAGCGAGUGGAGCAGUGAGUGCCGGGGCACCUUGGGGGAGGGGAGGCAGGUUGAGAACAGGGAGCGCCAUUGCCACAGUUUCCUGUCUCCCUCUGGCCCUUUCUCUUUUAAAGGUGAGCAGAUGCAAUGGGAGGGGGAUUCACAGCCCUGAGCUCUGUGUUUUAAGAACAGGUUGAGCAUCUACACUAUGGCGAGAGGCGUGGUCUUGUAGACGGUGCAAGUGACGUUCAUCUGGACAUGAUCCUUACAAUGGCCGGGGUUCCCUCUAUAGAUAGCCUCUCUCCUUUUGAGUUGCCCAUGACCUUAGGAGGGUCAGGGAAGGGGAGGCUUCUUGCCUUCCCCUCUCCUUCUCCUAGCUCUGCUUGGCCCCCUGGGAUCCCGCAGAAACCGCAGACCUUGGCCGCGGGGGAUUACUUCGGGGAAACACCUGCUUUUGCCCAGAUGCCUGCCGUCCUGUCUCCACUUGGGUUUUGUCUCUUCCUCUGAGAAAGCAGACAGAUGCUCUCCCCAAGCCCCUGGACAGACAUCGUUCUCGUGUGUCGUGCAGAUAAUCUCUCCCCCACUGCUAAAUCCUCUGAAGAAAGAGCCCCGAGCUUUCUGUGUACUUUUUUGGGGGAAACGGUUUCCUGUCUAUGGAAGCAGUGUCUGGAUUCCCAUUAGGAUGGCAGAGGAUGUUUGGAAGUUCCUUUGGAUCAGUGUCCAUCUCUGUUCUCUGCGGAAAGAACCCGAAAUGCUGUAGCUUCGGCCAUAUCACAGAUCCAAACUUCUGACCGUUUGAAGGAUCUCUGAUGAUAAGGUCAGAAUAGGAAACCGUUACGAGGGUAGAGUUCCUGGCUGUCCGUUCGUAGGUUCUGGGUACGACAGGAGGUGCCUUAAAGGAUGGUCUGUGUUUGGUUGUUUCUAUGCAGUCUAUUCGAGGAGAAUGUUCCACCAAUUGGGUAGAAGUAGGUUAAAUCUGUUUGCUGUGGGGUAGACCGCAUGGCUGAGUUCUCCACUUUCUGGAUAGUUGUUUUGAUACUGUGAAGAUGAAAUCAAGGUAACUUUUGGCAAUUUGACCUGGGAUGGAAAAUGCGAGACCUGUGGAUGUGUCUGUGUUUAUCCUAACAGCUUUCUUGAGAUGAGGGGCUCAGGCUUUCACUUCUUAUCUUCAGGCACACAGCCCUCUCUCCGCCCAUAGCAUCCUUUCUGCCCUCUCCGUACCCUGCUUCGCCUCCACACCACUCUGUCUGUCCCUUUCCAGAGCGGGGGCGGGUCUCUGAGGAAUUGUGCCGGGUCUUGGCAGACCUAACCCAGAAUGACCUUUGGAGUCGGAAGGACAGCUACGGGUGGGAAGUUAGUCGAGGGUACUUCUGCAGUCAAGGGACCCUCUAGGCAGCCCGCUCCUUGCCAUCCUGUCAGCCAUGAGUUAGAAUUCCCCCCCACCCCCUGCUCCAACCCCUGGUGAUCAGCCCCUAGCAUCUUGUAGUGGAGCCACUGGACUUAGUGCUCCUGUUCUGAGAGGACUUUGUGCAGAACUUUGCCACGGUGGCCAGAGCUCCCUCCCCACCAUUCGAAAACCUUGCGCUAGUGCUGAUGCACCCACGUGCGCCAUUCUGUUUUCAAAUAGUGUCUGUGAGCAAAAACCAUCAAGAAUUACCCUCUAAGAAUGAAAUCGAGUAGCUUUGAGAAGGUAGCAGAGAAUUGAUUUAAAAUGUUAUUCUUGUUCAGUAUAGACACAGCUAGGAAAUUUUCUCUCUGAAGCAUGACGAUAGGUUUUUUUCCCUAUGAAGUUUGGUGUGAGGAUGGAAAAGUAAUAGUCAAAAUGGACUCUGAUCAAUGCAACUGUAGCUGCAAAUAUCCACGUUUAAAAAUAGCCUUGACUGAAUGUUGAAUGGCAUUUCCCAUUAACUGUUGGUUUAGAAAAUUUUGUAAACUUUUUUUAAUUUGAAAUUGAGUCACAUUCAUGCAAUUUUCCAAUCUAGUUUCUGUGGAAAAAAAAUUUUUUAAGAGAAACAAAGAGAAACGUCUUCAAAUCUUCCUACGUGAAUAUUUAAAAUGCAGAACUGCUUCUCUUCUGUGUUUCUGUAUUCAGACACUUAGGUCUGUUGUACAUAUUAGUUUAGACACUCUCACUAAUAUACACAGUAUUUAAGACUCUAAAUGAGAUUUCUUAAGUAUUUUAUUUUAUUCUCUGUAAAUGGUUUUGUAUAAUCUUUAAAAAUCUACACUUUGCCUUUGUAGAUAUUUAAGGGAAACCAUUUGGAGGUUGUCUUGCAUGUAUAUUUUUGUUGUAGAUAAGUGUUGCUCAGUUAUUUCUGCAGAUUUUGGUUGAAAUGCUUACAGACUUUAAUACAGUAUAUAUUUUCAGAAUAUAAACUUUUAUAUUUCUGUGGUAAGUUAGGAUAUGCGUUUUAGGCAAUCUUUUCCAUUAAUAUCACUUGUUCUUUCAAAAAAUAGCAUACUGGUUUGGUGCCAAUUUGGUUUUAGUUUACUUUUUCAUUAGAAUCUACUGCUCUCAUAUUGUCAGAGAGCAGCUUUAGUCUCUUUUUCUCAAAGCAGUUAAGUUUGAAGUAUAAUUUGAAAAUGUAUUGAAUUUGUGGAUAAGCCUUACCAUUAGGAUCAGUAAAUUUUCCAACCUUUUGCAACUACAUAUGUAGUUUAGGACCUCCCCAUAAAGUCUCACUGUGUGGCAGUUGAUGGAGUCUGUGAACAGAGCCUUAAGCUUGUUGCAAAAAAAUAAAAAUAAGGGUAAUACGGGUUGUUUCUUCCAAGUAACAUAAGCCAUGUUGAUGGACUCAAUACAGUCUGUGAAUCAUGGCUAAUCUGAAGAGUUUGGUUGAGCUGACGGCAGCAGGGGCCAGAUAGGCACCUUGGUGAUUAUCUUUCACCAUACGAAUGGACCAAGGACAGGUUUUCCGGAGCCACCUUCGUACUGUUCACAUGGUUUAGGUGUGGUCACAGGGAGGGCUUGCUGGUCUAUCAUUUGUUCUGAACAAAUGAUAUUUUCUGCUCUUGACCUUGGGGGUUGACCCCAGGGCCCUUGUCAUUGACCUGGAACCGUCCAGCCAGGCUGAGGUCAGCACUCCUUGAGAGAUGUUAACAAAGUUUACAUGUGAGUCUUACUGUGUAGACAAUCUGAAGUCAAUUUCAGUUACUUAAUCAGCAUUCCCACGUGCCCCGAGUGUCUUAUCAAUGAACUGUGCAUGUUAAGCCAUACUAAACUUGAGGUUAGCAGGGCAAAGGCAAACUAGAUGAAUAGCAUCACAUCAGCUGAGUCCGUUCACCAGGGGCCGUUUUAAUGGAGUGUAAGUCAUGGAGCUCAUUGGUAGUGCAUCUACUGUGUCCGAGGCCCAGCAAAACCAUCUGGAAUUUGGACGUAAAUUUUUAUCAAAAGUUACAAUUCCUUUCGGUUGGCCACACUUCCAUAGGCCACACUUCCAUAGCUCCCGGCUGAUUCUCCUAACAGGCUUUACAGAUGACUUGAGACCAGGGCUAUCGUAUGGCUAAAGUCAAGUUAUUGAGUUCAGCACUAGUAAGCGUUCAGAAGGUCUACCAUCAGGAUGGAGAUUUGCUUCCGAUGUCCGCAGUGUGUGCGGCAGUCAGAAGCACCGACAUCUGAUCUUAAGCCUCGGCUCUGGUGUCUCUCUGGGUUAGCCGUGCCUCAGUGGCCCAGCACCUGUCCUGACGCUGGAGCUCAUUCAGGGGGCUCCGGGAAAUUUGGAGGGCGUAGAGCGUUCCAUCUGGUAUUAAACUUGUCCCUGUGCCAUGAGUCCCAGCUGGAAGUCAUUUGCUGAUGUCCACGUUGACAGGAUUGUGAAAAUAUUGCCUUUCAAUAAAACCAAGGACCAAAGAAUUCCAUUAUUCCAACAAAACACAAGUUUCAUAGACUGUGGGCACAUCCAGACAGAGGUGGGCAUGCUUUAUGGCACAGAGAAGCUGCUCGCUUCCACCAACCUGGCUGGCCAUGCAGAGGGAUUUAUCACCUUGAGAAGGCUCUGGAAGACGAGUUUCUCAGAUUGAAACUUGGGAUCUCAGGUGGGUGUUUCUGCUGUGCAGUCCCAGCCUUUAUCCAUAUCAUAGAAGGUGGAAGUCUGGCAUUCUUCCAGAUGAGCUGACCAGUGUAGAUGGUUCCAUCAGAAUCGGGACCUCCUGUGUGAGUUUUUAAAAAUGCGUCUACACUGUGCAGCAUCCUGCAGUUGCUAAAUUUCCACCUCCUUUUGUUCUUCAUUGACCCAUUCCAAUGUCCUGUUUGGCAUGAGAAGAAUUUCCCUCAAUUCUCACACCAAGGGAUGCCCCAUUUCUCAUUCAUGAUGAAAUCACCGAUCCAUUAACAGGUUGAGAAAUGAUUGACGCUUACGAAGUGACAUUCUAGUGGUAAGGCUUAUUACCAAACUUCUGAUAAUGAAGCAGGCUACCAAAAACUUCUCCAGCCCACCCUAAGAGUGUUUGGAUUUGAUCAUGGGUGUAGCACGCGCACCAGAAUCCAAGGAGACCUUUGCAAAUUAGGCUACUCGUUUUAUUUUGCCAGGUUAUCAUGGGAGAGUCUUUAACUAGUUCUGAAUAUUUGUAAGUAUGAGUACUUCAUAGAAUUAUAAAGCAGGUACAGCUGACCCUUUCUCACUGCGCUGUAAAUAUUUCCCGAGACUGGGUGCAGUACUGAGGGAUAAUAAUCUUCUGACUUAUCAAAUGCUGACUGUCUAGAGCAAAUUGUACACUCUCUUUGUGAAUGGUCCUGUAACGUGUAUGAACACAUUUCUGGGUGCCUUAGAAGUUGUAUUUUUCAUGUGUGCUAAUAUGCAGUAUUUAUACAUUGUGAGAAGCUGCUUUGAAUAAAAAGGUUGAAACUUC